AUGGUCGGAACGACAACAACGGUCGCUCAAUACGCGACUCUGGGGAAUGCUGGUCAAGUCGGAGUCUUCUUCGUAGCGUCUUGUGGACUGGGUCUUCUCAUCGUCGCGUGCUUCCUCAUGUCUAACACCAAGCUAGUAUUCGAGGCGCAACGUUAUGCAAACGUUCCUUCUUACAGUGGCCGUACUAUUCGCACUCUGGGUCGUCAAGACCUACGUCGAGUGACGCAAGCUUAUCAGUUCGCUUCAUUCUUCGGCCCCGAAAGAAGCUUCUUCACCGAGCGUAUUUCAUACCUUGCCACGGGUGAUAUGAAAGCAGGGCAUCGGAAUCGCCAAGACUAUCUCCACUUCGACUCGCACAUCAUAUUUUCGCACAAGGCUGUCCAAAAAGAAAGAGCUCGUUCAGUUAAAUCAAGGUCUUUACCACACCUAGCGCGGUUCUGUAUCUCGCGGAUGCUGAGGCUCUCAAGCUGGGAAGUCGGCGCGACUGAAGAUCCCUUCGCGGUAAAGCCGUCGCGGUUUUUGGCGCCUGACUGGCCACGCCACGCGUUCUUGCCGCGGCUGUGCCUUGCGUGGAGAUACGUCCGACUUGUUCCGUCCUACCCAAGAUUUUCUUCGUUGUGGUUGAGAAGUCGCUGAUGCGAGCGAACGCAAGUCCUUCAAGACGGAAGCUGUGCCGAUCCUGACCUUUCACGAUCAAGAAUUCCCACGUGGACGUGAGGGACGAGCUCCUAAUUUGCAAACGAGACGUUCAAGGGACGCAAGGAGAGGUUGCUCGAGUCGCAGACGGCGAUCACACCCUUCGGAGGUGAACUACAGCGAACGACCUUAUUAUGGGAGACGGCAUCCUGAAAUUCGUAUUACUGGAAUGUAUCAUAUGCGAGCUAUACUCUAGCUUUGCUUCCGACAAUAUAAGCCUAC